GCUCCGCCACCUAGGCUGCCCCAUGGCCCUGGCCUCAGUCCUGGCCCGGCGGAGAUCCUGCGGACAUUCAGGGAUUGGCUUCGCCACUGAGCCCUCAGGCCUCCGCCAGCCACCACCCCCACGCCCCUAGACAUCCUCGGCGGGCCCCAGUCCCGGCUCCAUUGGUGCUCUCGCCCCUGCCGCAGCUAUGCUGCACACCGAGGGCCACGCUCUUCUUCGGGCCGUGGGUCAGGGUAAGCUACGCUUGGCCCGUUUGCUUCUGGAGGGAGGCGCCUACGUGAAUGAGGGUGAUGCCCAGGGGGAGACUGCGCUAAUGGCGGCCUGUCGGGCCCGUUACGACGACCCCCAGAACAAGGCGCGCAUGGUACGCUACCUCCUGGAGCAAGGCGCGGACCCUAACAUCGCAGACCGCCUGGGGCGCACCGCGCUGAUGCACGCCUGCGCCGGGGGUGGGGGCGCCGCCGUGGCCUCGCUCCUACUUGCUCACGGUGCAGACCCCUCAGUGCGCGAUCACGCGGGCGCCUCGGCGCUUGUCCACGCCCUGGACCGUGGGGACCGCGAGACCCUUGCCACGCUGCUGGACGCCUGUAAGGCCAAGGGCACGGAGGUCAUCAUCAUCACCACCGACACCUCGCCCUCGGGAACCAAGAAGACUCGGCAGUAUCUCAAUUCCCCACCGUCCCCGGGGGUGGAGGACCCUGCUCCCGCUCCUCCCAGCCCCGGGGUCUGCACGUCGCCCUCGGAAAUCCAACUGCAGGCUGCAGGAGGAGGAGGAGGACGGGGAUCGCUAUCCCCUCGCGCUCAGGAAGAAGAGGAGAAGCGGGACGUAUUCGAAUUUCCUCUUCCUAAGCCCCCUGAUGACCCCUCCCCUUCUGAGCCGCUCCCCAAACCACCCCGUCACCCUCCAAAACCACUCAAAAGGCUCAACUCCGAGCCCUGGGGCCUAGUGGCUCCUCCUCAACCGGUCCCACCCGCGGAAGGGAGGCCGGGGAUCGAGCGCCUGACCGCGGAAUUCAACGGCCUGACUCUGACCGGUCGACCCCGUCUUUCCAGACGUCACAGCACUGAAGGUCCGGAGGAUCCGCCCCCGUGGGCGGAGAAAGUGACGGGCGGGGGUCCUCUCUCUCGCCGAAACACUGCGCCAGAAGCUCAGGAGUCUGGUCCCCCUUCAGGUCUGAGGCAGAAACUGAGCCGCAUGGAGUCGGUGGAGCUCGAUACCCCCGGAAAUAUUUGCCCCGACUCGCCGGAGUGCAGCCGCUUGUCCCUGGAGCGCCGGCGAUACAGCGCCUCCCCGCUGACCCUCCCUCCAGCCGGCUCGGCUCCCUCCCCGCGCCAGUCCCAGGAGAGUCUGCCAGGGGCUGUAUCUCCGCUGAGCGGACGGAGGCGGAGUCCCGGGCUGCUGGAGCGGAGGGGCUCGGGGACGUUGCUCCUGGACCACAUCGCGCAAACGCGGCCGGGUUUCCUGCCUCCACUCAACGUCAGCCCCCACCCUCCCAUCCCCGACAUUCGCCCCCAACCCGGAGGUCGGGCGCCUUCGCUGCCCGCCCCUCCGCAGGCGGGCGCGCCAGGCUCUCCCAGGACCAAGCGCAAGUUGGUGAGGCGCCACUCCAUGCAGACUGAGCAGAUCCGCCUGCUAGGGGGCUUCCAGAGUCUAGGCGGGCCAGGGGAGCCAGGGCGCUGAGAGGAGUGAGAGGAACCAAGGAGGGUGGGGAUCAGGACCUUGAUGGGACAGGUGGGAGAGCCAGCUCACACACACACCACGGACAUCGGGGUCUUUUGCCGGUGCUCCUGGGCACGGUGCACGCACACAUGGGUAAAAAAGUGUCCACAAGCACAGUACUCUUAUUCGCAGGGAAGGGUAAGUACUCUCUCUACUGGGCAUAUAGACACGUGCAUUCAUGUCCUGGUCACUUCACAUGCAUAUGGGAAUACUUGUGUACCCAUCCAUAGGAAUGGCACACACAGGGCCACUUGUGCUAGGGCCCCAAGUGGGUCCCAAAGUCACUUGCAUUUGUUCAGAAGCCGUAGGGAACCCCUACUUAUGGAUAGUCUCCAAUCUCUUUGCCCUUUUGCAGAAGCAAUCCCCUGCUUUCCAUGUAUGCCCUGCAACACAGCCCGUUCACGACUUUGCACACUCUGCCCUCUUCCUGGAUAUCCCAACCCGUUGUGUAGGUCUUGCUUCUCUCUCCAGGCCUGGCUCCUUGUUCACACCCUGCUCCCAGCCCUAACCACUUUUCAGGAUAUCUUCUGCACCCUCCUUGGGGUUUUCCUGCAGCAACCCUCAGCUUCAGUUCUGCUGCUGCCCUUCCUGCUCUCAGCUUUACUUCUCAACUUCCUGCUUUUUAUUCCCACCUUGUUCCCCCAACCAAUACAGGAGGUUGUCUCAUUUUCCCAGGGAGUGGGUCAUGGGCUCUAUGCUGCUCUUCUGUCUGUCUGAGCUUAUGAACACCCCCCACAGGUAGAAGUGGGGAGUAACCCUAAAUCACUCCUCUCUCCACUUGACAAAUCAAAUAAAUGUGUUCAGAAG